AUGGCCGCUGUUAGCGUUGACGACGACGACGACGACGAUGACGACGAUGACGACGAUGAAGAUGACGGCAAUGGUGGGUAUACCGAUACUGUGACACAAAGUAAUAACAGUGCUCCGGAAAAUGAUCGUUUAAAUAACUUAUUUUCUAAAACUAAAUUUAACUUAUCCAAAAAAAAAGAAAGAAAGAAAGAAAAGAAAAGUUUAGCUAAUUUUUACUGUCAAUUGUGGUGA